AUGAAAAGACGCUGCUCAGACUCGUCGUCAUCCACCUCUGUUUGGAGGAUCAAAGCCAACCACCCAGAAGAUGAUUCAGACACGACUAAGCUUCUUGCACGAAAAGUGGCCGAUCAUUAUAGUGUGAGGAGAAACCAAACUCUCCAAGAAAGAGAAGCCAGUCCCAUCAUCCACUUAAGGAAGCUCAACAACUGGAUCAAGAGUUUUGCCUUGCAUUACUCCUGGUCCACGGAAGCGCGUGCAAGGAGAGCCCUGGCUAAUAUUUCAGCCUCGCUUCGCCCCGGCGGAACUUUCAUUGGAACCAUGCCAGACGCCAAUGUGAUCAUCAAGAAGCUGAGACAAGCUCAAGGGUUGUUCUUUGGAAACAGUGUGUACUGGGUGAGAUUUGAUGAGGAAUUUUCUGAAAAGAAAUUCAAGUCUUCAAGCCCCUUUGGUAUCAAGUACAUGUUUCACCUUGAGGGUUGUGUUGAUUGCCCUGAAUGGCUCGUCCCCUUUCACGUAUUCAAAUCAUUGGCAGAAGAGUACGGUAUGGAGUUGGUUUUUGUGAAAAACAAUCACGAGUUUGUGCACGAGUAUAUGAAGCUACCAGAGUAUGAGGUUUUGAUGCAGACGAUUGGUGCGUUAGGGGGUAAAAGUUCAAUAUCAAAAGACGAAUGGGAAGUUGCCUAUCUAUACCUGUCCUUUGUCUUGAGGAAACGAGGCCAACCAGCUUGAAAUUCAUCCAACACCUUGCUAUACAUGAACUUCAUUUCAGUCUUGUAUAAUUCGUUGUUCUUUCUUGGAUAUGUAUAUAUAGUUAUUGCCUUUCAAAGUUUCAAUGUUAUCAAAUUCGUUGUUCGAUC